AGCUGCUAAUAGCUGAUUGGCCGGCGGGUGCAAUCAGACAAAAUGGCGACGGCGAUGGAUGUGGACGCACCGAGUUCCACCAACAGCGGCGGCAAGAAGCGCUUUGAAGUUAAAAAGUGGAAUGCAGUAGCCCUGUGGGCCUGGGACAUUGUGGUAGAUAACUGUGCCAUCUGCCGAAAUCACAUCAUGGACCUGUGUAUAGAGUGUCAGGCAAACCAGGCUUCGGCGACUUCAGAGGAGUGCACUGUCGCAUGGGGCGUGUGUAAUCAUGCUUUCCAUUUCCACUGCAUUUCACGUUGGCUGAAGACGAGACAGGUUUGCCCUUUGGACAACAGGGAGUGGGAAUUCCAGAAGUAUGGCCAUUAAAUGGAAUCAGCAGCACCAUUCUGCAGCAGCUGCUGUUAGCAGCCUUCCUGGUGCACUGUCCUGUGUCAUCAGCAUUCCACUCCCCCCUGCUUCCUCUCCCCCUUCCCAGUAUCUUUAAUUGAACAGUGUUUAUUCAAAUAGCAAGGACGUGACCAUAAACUCUAGCCAUUUUUAUAAAAGAAAUAUCCUUUUACUUUCUCCAGUUGCAAACAUUUCAACUUAUGUUAAAGCAUCUGAAGCCUGUUCACACUCACUGUAUCAUAGUGGAGAGUCAAAGUGUACUUUGCGUGCAAACAUUUUUUUGUUUUCCCAUCCCUUUUCCCAAGCUCUAGAGAGGAAAAAUUCAGGAUUUUCUUUGACUCUUUACCAAUAUGUAUUUUAUUUAAUAAAAAAUUAAGUUUA